ACGAAGUAGUGCAGGAUUUGUGUUGACGUUAGCCGAUGUGUUUCACACACCUUGGUAUCGACUAGAAGAAACGAUUAAAUCAUUGGUGCAUUAAUACGUAAAAAGUUUGUUAUUUAUUAUAUCGCAGAAUAUUUUAUUAGUAUAAUCUUAUAAAGUAUUAAUACAUUGAUUACUAUCAACAAUCGCAUUGGAAAGAUCGACGUAGUGGAAAAAAAUUCUUACGACAAGAACCUAAAUGAAAAUGACUGCACCGCGACUAGUCGCUAGGGCUAGUCGCAGCAGAUUCUUCAUCGGACUUGGAUUGUUGGUUCUCAUGGUUGGGUUUGUGGCUAUCUUCCAUAGUUCCCAGCAACAGUUGGAUGAACUACGUCAGUUAGGGCUACGCUGCGAACAGCAACAAGAAGCAAUUUCUGCAAAGAUGCAAGCUGUUGUUGACCAGAAACUAAGGCUUGAAAAUUCGCUCGCAUCGGAACGAAUGAUCAAUGAACAAAAUCGGGUCGAAUUGCAUCAAAAAGCAAAAGAUGAGAAAGAACAACACAGUAAAUCUACAAUGGAAGCUAACAUCCGGUACGCUUCGUUACAACAACAUUACAAUUUGAUGAAAAGUCAGCUGGAUGACUUAACCGAAGAGUGUUCUAAAACUAAGAAGAAACAAUUGGAGGAGGUCAAUUCCCUGCGAUUGCAAGUUAGUGAACUUCAGGGUAAAGUUGCUCUCCAUCAGAAAGAAUCCACUAGCAAUGUCGAACAUCUUAAGGCUCAACUGAGGCAAGUAAAACUUGAAAAGUCAACUUUGGAAACCAAUUUUAAUCAACAGAUGGCAUACAAGGAUAAGACAAUUGAAAAAUUGAAAGAACACAAUGAAAAAAUGGAAAAAGAGAACUCACAGUACAUCGAGUUAUGCAAAAUCCCCCCGGAAAAGAUGCCUCACCAUUUCAAAGCUAGUGAAGUAUUCGGAGAACUUCCACCAGGUAUUCCGAACACUGGGCCUCUGCGAAAUUUUGCCGAACAAAUUUCUGUGAGUGAAGAUUUGUAUAAAAUUCCUGUAGUAUUGCGCAAUCGUACUAACAAUUCAGGUGUUUCACAUAGUGGUCUUGCUCCGGUGUUUGCAGCCAUCGAACAAGACCAAGAAUCCCGAGGUGUUAUCGCUAAACCUUUCGAAACUAAUGAGAACCCGAAAAAGCCUAGUCCGGCUGCUGCUGUCAUUGAUGGUGGAGUUAUUAAUUCUGUGGAAAAUUUUCAGAUCAUUCCCAAACCAAUGCCGGUGGUUUCCAACGUAGAACCUGAUGCCAAAAAGCAAAGCCCUCAGGCAAACAAUGUCCUCCAAGAGCCUGUGCUGGUUAAAACAUCAACGUCAAUAUCGUCUAUAAAUAAGAAAACGUCAGAGAAGAGUAGUAAUCUUCAGGUUCCUAUUCUAGCUGCUCCGACUGUAGGUUUUCCAGAUGGUAACAAAUCUACCAGUACUACAACACCUAACAAUAUCUUGGCGAAGAAAACUCGAUCGAAAGCCCUUCCCGUUGGUGUGGUUCCUUUUCCCGAAAACAUGGAAGAUUUGAUGAAGCCCGACGAAAAUAAUAGCGAAAAUGCUAUCAACAAUCGUUACUUAAACGUAGCAUCACUCCAGACAGCAAAUGGUUAUGGUGAAAAACGAUCGCGAAAUGACAAGGAUUUAAAUUUCAUAAACGGAAACGUCGAUAUCGAAAACGGAGCGCAUGAGGUCAAUGACAAUGACUUUAAUCUGGGAGGCGGAGUAAACAACAACCAACUGCACCAACCCAAUGUGAAGGAUGCGAACCCGAACGGCGAAAAUGUGAAUGCUGCCGAGGAGGACACCAACCUGUACGACCAGAAGUUGUUUGCAAAUCCAUUGAUUCAGCAACAGGCGCAGCACGGAGAUUACAACGAUCUGCAUCACCAUAUGAGCGGUAAGAGGGAGGGUGUUGUAGGGAAGGUAGGCAUUGGCGAGAAACUGAUAAACGAGAUUGUGCGAGAUCAUGGUAAAGAGGGUGACAACUAUCCCAACGAAAUGGAAGAGGAUUUGCACCUUGAUGGCCCUCAGGAAGCAGAAGAGGACGGAGGUGAUGUUGGCGACUAUGAUGAUCCAGCCGCAAUGAAACAAGGACAUGCGGAGCGCAACUAAUAUGUUAUCUUCCAAACUGAUGGGUGCUGGAAAAUAAUCCAGAAUUAAACUAACAGAUGGCAACUUAACAGCAGUUCAAGGUAAGCGUGACAGUUAAAACCACAGUUUUGAUGAAAGUAGAUAUGAUUACUUACAGCCAAAACAGAAAUAUUUUUAUUGCGGACUACUUUACCUAAUGUGAAAGUAUGAUUCCAAAAUCGACAAAAUAUUAGCCAAUAUUACCUGUCAAACUGUAUAAAGUGACACUAGCAUUAGUUUUGAAUUUGUUAUUCUUUCAACUCCCCGUACUACUAAGUAAUGAAUUGGGCGUAAGAAACUUUGGAACUGGCAUUUCCAAACAAAGUGAUGUUUCAACCGUAACGCGCACGAUGUAUAAAAAUUUUUGCUUAACAAGCGUAAAACUCGAAUAACAGGGUGAUUUUUUGGUUAUUAUACAAGUAAAAUCUUUGAUUUCGAAUCAAUCUUGUAGUACUACUUACUAAGUUUAAGGAAAUGGUCCAAGAAAGAAGAUUGCAUUAAUCAUAGAAUGCGCAGAGAUCAGUAAGAAUUUAGCAUUAGGAGGAAAAAUCAGUGCUUGUCGAUAUUACUAGCGGAGCAGUAAGUACGAAUGUUACACUGUAAAAUUAAAUAAAACUUGAUCUAUGCGAAAAGCUUCCAACGGUACGGUUAAAUUCAAAAGUUGUACAAUUUUCGCAUUAAAACUUAGUUCACUAUUCGAGAAAAGAUAUUAUUUAGUAAGGUGCAUGUGUUUAUGACAACUAUUAUUUCACAUAUUGGUAGUAACUAUGUUUUCCGACUGUUUACUUCAAUUAGUUUGUCGUUAUAGCUUUUUAAUCUUUAUACACGAGAAAAUAAUCGUCCUCCUAGAUCUCUAUUUAUCUUGUAACUUGCUCAAAAGUGAUUAUUUAGGAACCGCCUUGGAUGGCAGCAAUAUUAUUUUCACACACUUAUUCAUUCACGAUGUAACUUUUAGUAACGAUAAGAGAUGUAUUUUUACAGAUAUAAGACUAAUUAGCAUACGUUUUCUUGAAUCGUUCCUUUUUUGUUUGCCAUAUGUCAGUCCUUGUUUUGAAACAUUUGUGUGUAAGAUUGAGAUGUUAUUACGACACAUUUGAAACAUAAGAAGUACUAAAACACUAUAGCAUAUGAAUCCACCAGGCAAUUAUGCCACUAAAUUCGUCAUUUUGUUUUGAUAAUGUCUCACACAAAUCAUCUACGAUCAUGUCAAAGGCAUUCAUUUCAAAUGUAUGACAAUUUCUGAACGAAAUCUUAUUCCUAAACAACAACAACAACGUCGCAGAUUAUUUUCAAGCGAACUCAAUAAAACUUUUAUUUUUUAUUAAAA